AUGCUCAACGGACUCCUUGAUAACUACAACACUUAUGAACGCAUUUGCAGCGACGAGUUCCUGAGGGAAACCAACGACCCGCCAUGUCCCGUGCCUGAGGACUUUGCCCUUCGGGGUCUUCUUUUCGUCGACGACUACUUCCCUUCGGCCUGGUUUGCUAACGAUAAAAUCGAUGAUGACGAGAAGUAUUUCGAAAUGGCCUUGAUGAGGGCCGUCCGGAAGGAGAGGUUAUUGUGGCUCGGGUAUAGGAUCGCGCAAUCUAGUACGAGACUAACGUACGACGAAGACACUAAAACGUUUGGUGUCUCUAGGGAUACUCGCGGCACGAGUAUUCCGGACGCAGCAGGAUCGACGUAG